CCACUUUACCAAAAUGUGAUGUUGCAUCCAAUUGUCAAGUGGCUGUCAUUCACAACAUGCAUACCCUAUUUAUUAAUCGUUAAUUGGAAAAGCCAAAACCCACUACUAUACUGCUUUGCAUUGCAUAUCUCUCUCACACUUCUCUCCCAUAUUCAAUUAAUCAAUAUGGCUUCAUGUUUUCCAAAUGCAUCUCCAUUUUUGGUCAUGCUCGCAAUGUGCCUCUUAAUUUCCACCUCUGAAGCUGAAAAAUAUGUGGUUGGAGGCAGUGAAAAAUCCUGGAAGUUUCCUCUCUCAAAACCAGAUUCACUCAGCCAUUGGGCCAACUCUCACCGAUUUAAAAUCGGCGACACUCUCAUAUUUAAAUACGAAAAGAGAACAGAGUCAGUGCACGAAGUGAAUGAGACGGAUUAUCAAGGGUGCAACACGGUGGGGAAAUACCACAUUGUGUUCAACGGUGGCAACACCAAGGUGAUGCUUACCAAACCUGGAUUCAGACACUUCAUUAGUGGAAAUCAGAGUCAUUGCCAGAUGGGGUUAAAGCUGGCUGUGCUUGUCAUAUCGUCGAACAAAACCAAAAAGAAUCUUCUUUCCCCAUCUCCUUCGCCUUCACCGCCACCAUCAUCGUUGCUAUCACCAUCACCUUCGCCACUUCCAAAUAAUCAAGGUGUUACUAGUAGUUCAGGUGCGGGAUUCAUCGGGGUUAUGAUGUGGUUGAUGUUAUUGCUUUAAAUUGAGAGUAUUGUGUAUUCGCAAUUUUGCAUGUUAAUGCCUCCGUCACUAAUCACUAUAUAUGCAAUAUAUAUAUUUGUGGUUGUGGGGUUAGUUAUUCAGGUCAAGCAUGCAUUUUCGCUUUCAUUUUUGUAAUUUUUUUUAAAAGUUUGGACGUUUUCUUUUGAUUGCGCAAUUGUGCCCUUAAACUCAAUGCCCGUCUUGGUAAUUUUGAGAUUGAAUAAGUCAUUUGGAUUUUUAUGCA